CACAUUUUGACAGAAGAAAUAAACAAAUUACAAUAUUGCGAUCAGAGACCAAUAAACUAGAAUUGCGGUAAUUUUGCAGUUGAACCGUUAAGGACAUUAAUAUUCAUUUGUUUUUAUUAUAAAUAAUAUUAAUACAUAAUUAAUCAACUAUAGAAUUGUAAUUCGCUUCAUAUUCACUAUUGAAGUUUGCAAUCGUUUUUCGUCUUCUAAAAUUAGAUCCAUGGAACGUAAAAAUUAAAACAAAGAAAAUAUGCCAAAAAUACCCUACAAACCGGAGAAAUCCGGGGAAGACGACGAUUACGAAAUAGUAUCUUUCGAAGAUUUUUGCGAUAAAUCACCUGGUUCAAAAACUGAUUUGUUAACGUUAAAUGAUAAUAUAAACUACCGCUUGUAUUAUGAAGGGGAUAAGCCUUCUAAAUUCCUUGAGAAUGUUGGUGAGUCUUCGCGAAGUGAUCGUCAAACCGAGACAUCGUUAAAUGGUUCUAAAAAUGUGAGUUUUAAGCGGAAAUUGUCGAACUCGUUCGCUCCGUUCGGGCGGUACAACGGGAAGAGCGCCAGGGCUCCUUUAUUCAGUGGCGUCAUCCCAAAGCCUAGGAAUGAGGAGGAAUCCAACUCUAGAGAACACAGAUAUCAGCGCUUCUCGGAGCAUCGCAACCCAUUACAACGGCUUUGGGAGAGCUUGCCUGGUGUGGGGUCAGGGAUGUUGGGCAUUACCCUAGUGUGUGCGCUGUGCGUGGGCGCAUGGUGGGCGGUCGGCGGGGCUAUGGGCGGGGCCUGGGGCGAGGAACAUUAUCGAAAACUAUGGGAAAGAACACAUCCAGAAAGUGUGAAGAAACCGCUAUCUCCUAUGCCGUAUGAAAAGGUGUCUCCAGAAUACCGCUACCACGACCACAACAAUCUAAGCACAAAGAAUAGAAGCAAUGCCACCGAAGCCAGGCGAAAGAACGAGUAUAACAAGAAGAGUUACUCCGAACGACCAGCGGAAGUAAUGCAAGAUAUGUGCGCUAAGGUAGCUGAGAAUAUGCGUUUCGAUUGUUAUCCGCAAGGGGAAGUUAAUGAGGAGAAUUGUGCUAGGCGGGGAUGUUGUUGGAAAUCCACGGAUACCAUAGGCGUUCCAUACUGUUACUACCCGUCACAAUACGACACGUUUCGUUUCCUAAACAUGACCGAGGACAAGCACGCCAUGACAGUGUACUACGAGAAGGCUCGCCCGUCCGGAUAUCCGGAUGAUUUCGAAACAGUGCGGAUGGAUUUCAAAUAUCUGUCGGAUGAUGUUUUGGGUGUUAAGAUUUACGACCCAGAGAACAAAAGAUUCGAACCGCCAUACCCGGAGAUAAGUUUAGUUUCUAAACCACUAGGAACUAUGAAAUACAGGGUGCAGAUAGAAGGAUCGCUUGUUGGCUUCAAAGUCAUUAGGAAUUCCGAUAAUGUUACCAUUUUCAACACACAAGACGUGGGAGGUCUGAUAUUGUCUAACAAAAUGCUGCAGAUAUCGGCCGUUCUGCCCACAGACCGCGUGUUCGGCUUGGGCGAGAAACGAGCAAGGUUCAUGAACAAUAUGAAUUGGAACACCAUCGCUAUAUUUAAUAGAGACCGAGUGCCUAGGGAGGGGAUGAAUCUGUACGGCUCGCAUCCAUUUUACUUGGCAGUGGAACAGAACGGCAACAGUCACGGUGCACUUCUACUUAACUCUAACGCUAUGGAUGUAGUUCUACAGCCGACGCCGGGCAUCACGUACCGCACCAUCGGCGGUGUCCUCAACCUGUUCGUGUUCGCGGGACCCUCGCCCAAGGACGUGGUGUCACAAUACACGGAGCUGAUCGGGAGGCCGUUCAUGCCGCCUUACUGGGCGUUAGGGUUCCAUCUGUGCAAAUUCGAGUACGGAAAUUUGAAUGUCACUAAACAAGUGUGGCAGGCUAACAGAGAUGCGGGCAUUCCCUUUGACGUGCAAUGGAACGACAUUGACUACAUGAGGAAUCGCAACGACUUCACGUACGACAAGGAGAAGUUCGCCGAACUGCCACAGUUUGUCAACAAGAUCCACAGCGAAGGGAUGCACUACAUGAUUAUAAUUGAUCCUGGUAUAUCCGCGUCGGAAAAGCCCGGGACGUAUCCGCCGUACGACCGCGGCAUCGAGAUGGACGUCUUCGUCAAGAACAACACCAACCAGCCGUUUAUCGGCAAGGUGUGGAAUACGGGAUCGACAGUGUUCCCUGACUUCACUCAUCCGAACUCCACGGCCUACUGGGUCGAGAUGAUGACAAACUUCCACAAGAAGGUUGCGUACGACGGGGCUUGGAUCGAUAUGAACGAGCCGUCUAACUUCGAGGACGGCCCCCUGGUGGGGUCGUGCCUGCCCGAGGCGCUGUCGUACCUGCCGCACACGUCGGACCCGUACCUGCGCGCGCACACGCUGUGCAUGGACGCGCGCCACGCCGCCGGCCCGCACUACGACCUGCACAACCUGUACGCCAUCACUGAAGCUAUUGCCACUAACUUCGCCCUGCAAGAGAUCCGCGGCAAGCGUCCGUUCAUAAUCUCCCGCGCGUCGUCGGUGGGGCUCGGACACUUCGCCGGCCACUGGAGCGGCGACGUCGCCAGCGACUGGCACGACAUGCGCAUGUCCAUACCCGAGCUACUGAGCUUCAGUCUGUUCGGUAUCCCGAUGAUGGGCGCGGACAUCUGCGGCUUCACCGGCAACACCACCGCCGAACUCUGCACGCGCUGGAUGCAGCUCGGGGCCUUCUACCCCUUCAGCAGGAAUCACAACUCGGACUCCUCUAUUCCGCAAGACCCCGUGAGCCUGGGUCCGUCGGUGGUGCAGGCGAGCCGCGAGUCGCUGCGACUCCGGUACCGCCUGCUGCCGUACUACUACACGCUGUUCUGGCGCGCCCACGUGUUCGGGGACACCGUCGUCAGGCCGCUGUUCUUUGAAUCUCCAGAAAACACAUUGCUCCACGACAUCGACGAUCAGUUCCUGGUGGGUCCGUACAUCAUGGUAACUCCCGUGCUGCAGCAGGGAGCGUCGCACACCAGCGGUAUGUUCCCCGGCCCGCAGAGUUGGUACAACGUCGUCGACGGCGCCUUUAUAGACAGCGGCAGGAGACGCGAUGUCACCGACAACCAGACUGUCAGUGUGAGGGGUGGAGCCAUAAUCCCACUACAAGAGCCGCCCGCGCGUGGUCCGGUCACCACCACCAACUCGCGUAGCUCGCCCAUGCAACUUCUGGUGGUUCCUGACAAUGAAGAUAAAGCCCGUGGACAACUAUACUGGGAUGAUGGAGAUAGCCUUAACAGCUACGAAGAAAAGAAAUACAGUCACAUAGAAUUCAUGUACAACAACUUGCAAAUUAAAAGCCGCGUCAACUGGUGGGGAUACGGCGUGCCGUCCAUCAACCGCAUCUCAGUCUACAAUCAAACGUCAGUCAAAACUGUCAGUAUUAACGACGUGCCGUGCGUCAAGCCGUGUCAGUUCACUUACCUGAGCGACACCAAGGUGCUUCAGAUUGAUGUCAGUCUGCCGUUGGAUAAUCCGUUUGAAGUGAAAUGGGUAAGUAAGGCUAAAGAGUCAAGCAUUGCUAAUCUUGGUUGAAUUGUAUGAGGGUUGGUUUUUGAAUGUAUGAUAUUGGUGGUAUUUGAAUCCAAAGUGUUUAUUUGGAGCUUAUUGGAGGUAAAAGUGUUUAGAAAAGUGUAGUUGAAGAUCUAAAUUGAAUCCUGUUGGUUUAGAAGGAAGAUUAUGACAUGUUAUCUCUGCCAAAAAUCUACAUUGAAGGGGCGAAAUGAAAUUAUACAAAAAUAUAAGUCUAAAGUGGUUUAAUGAAACUAUGAAAAGUUAUUACGAGAAUAAAAUAAAUCGGGGCUAAAAAAUCCGAUUUACGAUUAAUAUUCCUAUUUCUAUAAAAGAUUCCAAUCGCUUUUUUUGAUUGAUCGAAAAAAGACCAAUCAUAAAAAAACUUUUAUUGAUAUGUGUACAAAUUGCUUCUUUUGAUUGGACCAUUCUCGGUAUCUAUGAUUAAGAUUGGGAUCGUAUAUUGAAAUCGGCCGUUAGUCAUACUUGUAGAAUAGAUAACAUUGUAAUAAAAAUAUUUUUGGGUUUAAUAAAACAUGGAUAAAGUUAUAUUAGGUCAAAGGGAAAUGUUAUACUAAAAUAGGAUACAAAAAUUAUAUUAAUUCCAUACUUCUUCAUACUUGUAAUAGCUGUAGAUUUAUUUAUUAUGAUAAAUUAAUGUUUGCCAGCCUUGUCCAAUUUAAAUUGGAAAUUUGAAGUAAAUUUAACUUAAAAUGAAAUUGAAAUAUUCAUAAUUUUAAUAAUAUACAAAUAUAAUUAUGAUAGCAUACGUUUUCUACAAUACUUUAACUGUUUUAUUAAUAAUAUGCUAGACAAAGUAAAGUUUUUAUAAUACUAAGUAAGUGCCAAUUACCUGCCAAUUUAAAUGAAAAUUGUUGUCUAAAAGUAAGAUAUCCCAAGGUAGUGGUGUAACCUUAAAGCCGCUACAUAUAUAAAAAUCUCACUCACACCAUCACGCAUUUUAUCCCCGAAGGGGUAUGCAGAGGUGCAACCAGGGCACCCACUUUUCGCCAAGUGUGUUCCGUCCCAUGAUGUGAUAAGGGGCGAGCCUAUCGCCAUAUCGGGCACAAAUUCCAGACUCCGGGCUGACACUGAGCAGAAAAACUCAAUUAUAAAAAUCGAUUUAUAUAUAUAUCGAUUAACAUAUAAAGCAAGGUUUAGAUUAGCAAGAAAAUUUCCAGAAGUCACAUACCGCGAAUUAUUUUACCGUGUUAUCACGGUGACAUGACUUGUAGACUUGCUUGACACAAGCUUGCAGGAGUUGCGGCGAAAUGCAUAUGUAUUAAACUUUUGAAAUAGUCCCAUUAUGUAUACGCCUCUGGAUGAUUUGCACAUCAUAUUGCUGCGAGGACUUGCUAUUCUAAAUUCAGUUCAAAAUGUAACUAUGCGCUAUUGGUAUAUUUAUAACACUUCAGUCAUAUGAAUCGAGAAUACUGCGGUGUUAUAUAACGGCACCGCUGUCUGGGAAACUUUAUGUAACUGAUAUAAAUGUUCUGAUGUGCUUCUUCCCGAACACGUAACACAACAUAUACAGUAUUUUAAAAGCUUCAUAUAAGAACUGGUGUUAAUUAAUAGGGGUCGAUUUUUAGACCUCGUCAGCCCCUAAUAUCAGUUUUCGUUUAUAUCCGACCCCUGGGAAUCAGAUCUCGACUCCAAGGUGUCGAAAUCGACCGCUUUGGGAAUCCCUGAAUAAAACCUUUUUCGGACACUCAUGACUUUUUUCAAAGUCGCAUUUCGCCAUUUUAAGAGUUUGUUGUAUAAAGUGCGUUUGAAAAUAUUUUUGGCACUGUAAGAAAAAUGUCUCGAUGUUUAUCGGUAUCUGGGGCAUAUUAGAACAUUUAUAAUCAAUGUUUAGUCUAUAAAUACUACAUUAGGUGUAAUUAAAAUUGUAUGUAAGGUAAUUCAAAUGGUUAGCUUACUUGGAAUAUUUUAUUAAUUAAAUAUUUUUCAUUUUAAGUUAGCAUAAAUAGCGGACCAGACUUCAAUGAUCAUGUUCCUUUUUCGACUAUAAAUGACCAUAGACAUUACAGAAUAUAAAAUAAAAUAGUUUUUCUCUAUAUUAAAAUGAUAAGCAAACCUCAUUUGUCUUAACAUUUUUUCUAAAUUUAUAAUACCGUAUAGAUCUUUUGCAAGUGUACAAAUAAUAUAUAUUUUUUAAAUCUGCUUUCUAGUUGUUUAAAAACGUGCAUAAAUAGUUUACCUCUGGUGCAUUUACUUAGGAAAUUUAUUUUAUAAUGCUAAGGGUUUUAUUUAUUCUUUCUCUCACCAAAAAAUAUCUAUAAAGAGUUUGAAUUAAUACUUAAAAUUUUACUAUGUCAUAAGUUAUAGGAGUCUUUUUAAAAUUAAGCAAGGUGUUUACAUUGUUUUUAUUAAAAUUUACUGCAUCCUUAUAAUGAUGGACAUAAAGCGAAUAUCUGCCAAUUAAGCUAUAUUAUAUUAAUGUUAUAAAAUAAACGUAACAAGCGUAAUUUUUAAUAAAGUGAGAAUUGUUUUUUUUUAUUAUGGUAUGUCUAGUCAUAAGUAUUUAAUAUUUAACCGAUCAUGUUUAGAAUUAUUCAAAAUGUUCACAAUAUUUUUACCCUAAUAGAUUUAAACCCGCCAAAAUAGAAAACGUCAUGUUAAUAUGGCAACUUUUAUCUCCAGUUUUCUGCAGAAUAAUCAAAGAAAAGGAAAAAAAUAUACUAUUUAAAUUAGCUGAUAUGUAACAUAAUAUUAUGUUUACACUAUGGUCAAUCUUAGUCAGCAGGCUUGAAUUUAUUACUUUAGCAAUGUUUAUGGACUAAUUUAGUGUAUCAAUGAACCUAUUUUUACCGCCUCCUUUGGGUUGACAGCGACGUAAUUUAUUUUAUUUUGUCUUACCAUCAAUGGAAGUUAACAGUUGGGGUUGUUUAUUGAAUUAUCUGUAAGCGGAUAGUGUAGACCGAUCAUAUUGUUAAUGAUUUAAUCAAAUCCUGCGCAUGUUAAGUUAAGAUAAUUUAUUAAUAAGAUUUGGUGGUAGCGUUAGAUGCUUUUUAAUUAUAGUGAUGGAUAAAUUUGUGUGAUUAGAUCGUAAUUUUUUGUCGAAUUUUUAAAUCAUUAGGAUUGUAAAUGUUGAUAUUUUCAUUUUUUUUUUCAUAAGGAUUCGUUUUUGUAAGAAUAAGGAAUAUGUAUGAAAAAAUAAAUAAUAUAAUUUACACGAUAAACCAUGAUUAUAGGAAAAUUGUAUGGCCAUCUAUUUGCCUUCAACUUACCUUGUCAUUGCUCAAUAAUCUACAAUUUCAAAAUGCUUCAAAAUCACUUGUAGGUGUAAAGAACUUACUAUAUAUAAUGAAAUGUGCGAUAAUUAAUUCCUAAGCAAACGAACCUUCCAGCUAAAAUAGAUUUUGUAUGUGUAGUGAUUCCCUUUCAUUAUUCAAUAGAUUUUGUGCCCCAAGUACAAGUAUACCCUUUUAUAAGCCUCGAUUGUUAGGUAGCUGAUGCAAUACAAGCUUUCGCAAGCCAUCUAGUAAAGAUACCGACCCGUUACAGUAACUGUUGCGAGUAACAAUCCUGUGCGUGCGCCAUUUUAGAACGUAUAAAAGUUCAAGAGUUGGUAUAUUCUACCGCCAUUAGGUUUCCUUCUUCACCUACCUGACAACUAGAAGCAGAACGUAGAAAAAAGGUUUAGCGUUCAAAUACCGUGUCCGUUAUGUCACAUUUUUUGUGAUAAUUUUAAGUUUGUGAUAUUUGUGUACUGUUUAUUUAUGUGUUUAGUAUAUUGUGAUUAAAUCAUACUUGGUUAAAUGUACACGAACGGUAAAGUUGGGUGAAAAAUCGAUGAACACGACAUUAUUUUUUGGGUAGGUGUAAUUGUAUUAUGUUGAGUUUUUUUUUUUUAACUUAGUCACUUAAGUAUUUUUUCUUUAAGUGAUUAGAGUUAAUUAUUGUAAAAGCGAGCAAAUUUUUUAUAGCUUAAAACUGGAAAAUUACUUCCCAAUUAGACCCUUACCUCACCCUCAUAUAAAUUGUAAAAUAUAUCCGUCCACCGACUUGCAUCAGCAAUCUGUGUGUGCAUUUGAAAUGUUUAAAUAAACUUUAAAAUUAUUAGAUAUUUGUGGAUUGUAUCUACGAGUUUGUUAGGAGACUGUGUCGUAUGUAAAAUCUUUUAAAAAUAAAUGAAAUGUUCAUGUAUUGAACAUUCAGAACUAUAAGAUGGGUGUACACUGUACAGACACACAUUGCACGCAUAUUUAAAUCUAUCAGCGUAUUAUAAUAAAUUUCAAAAUCAGAAUGCAAAAAAUAAUGUCGUUAAUAAUUUUGUUUAUAUCGAAAAAAGUUCUUGUGACGUACUUACCGAAAAAAUUUUCGAUUUUAAAACAACCAACUAUAAGAUUAUUUCAGUAUGAUUGAUGCCAAAGUAGGAAAUUGUGUUAACCAAUUGAUUUUUUUUUUGUAGUUUUAAGAAUGCACUUUAAUAAAUUGAUAACGCACA